AUGGUUCACGACGAACCCGGAACAGCUCCGAUCGAGCCCUGCACAGGUACUGAAAUGGAGACUACCAUCAUGUAUUUCAACCUCAAGGCGCAAAACGAGACCGACGACACUGCCACGAUGGCCAACAAUUGUUAUGCGAGUACUACCUGGAAGACACGACUUCAACCCGAGGACUCAGCAGGAUAUGCAUGCAGGUGGAUGUAUGACAUUGAUUCCAGUCUAAUUGAGAACCAUAUGGCAACCAAUCACUAUACAUUCGGGGAGUUUGUGGCAAUCCAUGACCUUCUUGACCACAAGCCCAAUGACCGCGGCAAAAUUCUCUCUAGACUAAGAACAGUCCCGAGACGACAUGAGACCAAGAGCUCGCAAGGGCCGAGCCUUCGGCCUGUAUUUGUGGCUCUCUAUGACGAAUAUCAGACAGAGAAUCUGAUAGGGAUACCUGACUUGGAACAAGACAAGUGUGAUCUUCCAGCGUUCGUCUCAAUCCCGACAAUCCAUUUUCAUACUCUGGACUCUCAAUCAUUUCCUGAGAACCCCUAUCAUGUGAAAUCUCUACUUCAGUAUCACUAUAGGUUUAGGAUGCACAAUAAAACCGAUCAGAAAUCCGAGUUUGACCAUUCUUCGAUACUCGAUGGCAUUCGUUCUCGUGUCCGAGAGAUGUGGUGCUUGGCACUUGAUAGCACAGCACUGCGGAUUGCCAUGCCUGAGUACAUCCAGAAAGGCGUGAGCCUGCUUCAAAAGAAAUUGGAAAGCCUAAAAGCUUCAAAAGGGGGUAAAAUAGUGGCCGUGUUGGUGGUUCUUCUUGGAAUCAUUGGACAAGUCUUUUCAGCUGUCGUACCUGGAGGCUGGCUACUGGACGGGCUGUUCCGAAAAGUUGAGAAACACAUUUUGGGACUCGAUUUCAUGGAACUAAUAAGGUUCGCUUCGUUUAUGCUCGUGUUUUCUCGAUCCGAUAAGAACAAGACGAAGACGAUGAACAGAAUGAAUGACUGGGUCUUUAGUCCACUGAGGACAUUCCUUGCAUUUUCGGCGGGGCGCUACGAUGGAAAGCCCGUUCGGAAUUUGAGCGCUUUGGAUGAACACAUGAACCAUUGGAUUGAGGCAGAGGCCUCUGAAGAGGUUGCGCAAGCUCUUCGUAACUUAUUGUCAAUCGCCAUUCGUUUCACCAUGAACUUUCAUCUUAGUCCUGACCGAGACAUAUUCCAGCUGGAUCGACCAAGUUUGUGGAGAAGGAUAAUGAACUACAUCCGUCACGACUCCAAAGCAACAUCAGCGAAGACUGAACUCUUAUACAAGCCCAGUUUAAGGGCCCAAAGUCCCGAAACUCUUCAAGAUCUGGAAGAUGAACUAACGGCAGCCAUUUCAAACAUUGAUAGACAUCAUGGCACCGCACAGUCGGAGCUUCAGGCCUCCAGAGAUGACGAGAACAAGAACAUGUUAAGCGGUAUACAAAGCUUCGGAGAUAACCUGUCCCUCGGUUGUCUGCUUCGUAUGUGCACAAUAUCAACUCCCACUCGGUUCUCCAUAACCUCACAGGACAUCACGGAUAUGUUUUCCAGAAGAAUAUCCCGUCUUGAAUGGCUUAUCCAAUCUAACACGUAUUAG